AUGGCCCCUUCUCUCGUUACCAUCGGCACCGCUGCCCUGGCUCUGGCCACCGGCGUCACCGCGAAGCAGUUCACCCUGUCCGACACGUACGACUCGACAAACUUCUUCAGCAAGUUCAACUUCUUCGAAAGCAGGUACGGCACCGGCAACUACAACGACGUCGACCCUACCUCGGGUUACCUCAACUACCGAACUCAGGUCGAUGCCCAGGCAGCGGGCCUCGCGAGCGCCGCCAACGGCGAGAUCUUUCUGGGAGUCGACAGCAAGAACACGACCCAGUUCCCCGGUGUUGGUCGCUCUAGUGUGAGGCUUGAGAGCAAGGUCGUCUAUAACAAGGGUCUCAUUGUUGCUCGUUUCAACCACUUGCCCAAGCCUGUUUGCGGAGCUUGGCCUGCCUUUUGGUCUUACGGUGAACCAUGGCCCAUCAAGGGAGAGCUUGACUGGUUUGAGGGCUGGAACGAUAAUCCUCUCAACAAGCCUGCUGCACACACCAAGAAUGCCCGAUGUCUCAUCACUCAAACUGGCCAGAGUGCUCAGAUCGAGACAUCCAACUGCGACCAGGACGCACCCGGCCAGUACUCCAAUCAAGGUUGCGUCUCCGUCGCGAACUCCGCCGACCCCUAUGCCUCCCCUGAUGGUGGUGUUUACGCCAUUGAGUGGACUGACGACUACAUCAAGUUCUUCGCCUGGCGCCACGGAUCUGUUCCCGCCAAUGUCAACACUGACUCCCCUGAUACGUCCUCCUGGGGACAGCCCAGCAUGCUGAUCUCCAACAACCUCUGCAACAUCAACGAGAACUUCAAGGACCAGAAGCUCGUGAUCAACAUUGCCUUCUGCGGCGUCUUGGCCGGCAAUGACGGCGUCUGGAACAGUGGCUGUGCCAAGUCCACCGGUUACUCCCAAUGCUCUGCCUACGUCGCUGCGAACCCGAAAGACUUCAGCGAGACCUACUUCAAGAUCAAGGACAUCCGCAUUUUCAAGGAGGGGAGCCCGGUUUCAUCCACCACUUCUGCGUCUACGUCCACCGCAUCUACGUCUUCGUCGACCAGAUCUACGUCGACGUCCACAACAUCCACGCUCUCCACGUCCACGCUCUCCACGUCCACCGUCUCUACGUCCACGACUACCCUCACAUCUACGUCUACUUCCCUCACGUCUACGUCCACGUCGACUGCUUCUGCGUCCACGUCAACCGCCUCUGAGUCUACGACGUCCACCGCCUCUGCAUCCACGUCGACCUCGGCAAGCGCCUCGACUUCUCUCUCAGCCUCUGCCAGCGCAUCUAUCUCCCAAGACUCUGCCUCUCAGCCAGCUUCUGCAACUACAUCUACUAGUUCUGCAAUUGUCAGCACCUCGGCAUCUCAAUCUGCCUCUGUCAGCUUCUCUGAGAGCCAGUCUGCUUCUGCCAGCGACUCUCAAUCCACAUCUACCUCUGGUUCUACUUCGAUUCAGAUCUCUGCUUCGAACAGUGCCUCGGCCACGGCUUCAGGCUCCGCCAGCGCCAGCGCUUCUGCUACUGAAAACUCCGGAUCGGCUUCGGGGGCCAUCAGUACUUCGGGAUCCGCCUUCACUUCUUCUACCUCCUCCGAUUCCGCGUCCGCUUCCUCCUCCGUCUUCGUCUCUUCCUCUGCAUCCUCUUCCUCCGCCGCGGCCUCAGCCACCGGAUCCGUCACGGACCUGGCCACUGGCCCCGUCUCUGCGACCGCCACCGGCUUCACCACCAUCACCAACAACUGGAACCAGACAACCGUCAUCUCCUCCACCCCUGUCGUCUCUCCUUCCACCGCUGCUGAGUUAACCACCUCGACCGUUUACACUACUCAGGUCUCUACCGUUACCGCCUGCCCCCCCUUCGUCACAAACUGUCCCGUCGGCGCCGUAGUAACUAGAACCAUCGCGAUCUCAACCACCGUCUGCCCUGUCACUCCCACUACGACUCCGUCCACCGCGGGCAACGACAAGGUCUCGACCAAGGUCGAGGACAACAUCACGAAGCCAGCUACCAACCCUAACGAGACCACUCCUCCGAACGUCCAAACCACCGUCCUGACAAAGACCUACACGAUCACCAAGUGCCCUGCCUCCGUCCCCAACUGCCCCAUCGGCAGCGUCACCACGAAGGUCACGACAAAGGUUAUCACUCCCGCACCCAACCCGACACCCACCAACCCCGUUGACGGCAACAACGACAACGAGCCCUCGACCACCGUCUUCACUAAGACCUACACCAUCACGAAGUGUCCCGCCUCCGUCACCAACUGCCCCAUCGGCAGCGUCACAACCAAGACCAUCACGAAGGUCACCACCCCGGGCGUCCCGGCCACCACGCCAGUCACCAAGGUGACCAAGACCAAGGUCGUCACCGUCAGCGCCGGCCCGGCCAAGACCACCGGCGGCAGCGACGCGGACAAGAACUACGACAACGGCGGCGGCGGCAGCGGGAACAACAGCACCGGCUUCGGCAACUCCACCACGGCCGCCACCAAGCCGUCCACCCUCACCAGCUCCAAGCCCGUCGGCACCGCCCUCGGCGCCUCCACGACCGCUUGCUCCGGCGCGAGCUGUCCUUCGACGACGAACCCCGUCAUUAUCAGCAACGGCGCCGUUCAGGCGGGAGCCAGCUUCGCCCUCAUGGCCGUCGGCGCUUUUGCCGUCCUCGUCCUGUAA